AUGGUCAAAAUUCGUGACUUCGCCGUCGAGCGGUGGAUGGAUCUCUACGAAAACGAGGCCAAGCACAACCUCGCAGAGACCUGUUGUGCAUCCAUCUCGCUCCAUGAUCUGCAGGCAUUGGCCGGCCAGCACAUCGACCUCGUGGACUUUUCCCAGAAGCAGGUCUACGGCGCUAUUCGUGGUUCUUUGCCGCUGCGGUCUAAUAUUGCGAGACUUUACUCGACAGAUGAAAUGCACUCCGUCCAGGCAGAUGGAGUAUUGGUCACCAAUGGCGCAAUCCAGGCGAACUUCUUGGCUCUUUAUACUACUGUUGGCCCCGGCGACCAUGUCAUCUGCCACUACCCGACGUACCAGCAACUUUAUUCGGUACCGGAGUCGCUCGGUGCCGAUGUGAGCUUGUGGAAGUCGACCGAAGAGAGUGGGUGGCAAGUGGAUGUGGAGGAGUUGAAAGCGUUGAUCCAACCAAACACGAAGUUGAUCAUCAUCAACAACCCGCAGAACCCAACAGGCGCUAUACUCCACCGCAAAAUCCUCCAGAAAAUCGUGGACAUCGCCCGAAUGCACGACAUCACCAUCCACUGCGACGAGGUCUAUCGGCCACUCUUCCAUUCUCUAACCCCGACCCAAGAGCAACCACCUUCUAUUCUUGAUUUUGCGUACGAGAAAACCAUCAGUACCGGCUCCAUGUCCAAGGCCUUCAGUCUAGCUGGGAUCCGUCUGGGCUGGAUCGCAUCGCGAAGUCCCCAUAUCAUCGAUGCCUGUGCCUCCGCCCGAGACUAUACCCUGAUCUCAGUAGGCCAGCUCGACGACCGCGUGGCGACACAUGCGCUGAGCAGCCCAUGUGUGGAGAAUUUGCUGCUGCGAAACAUUGAGCUAGCCCGGAAGAACCUUGGUGCCUUGGACGCCUUUGUGCGCGAGUUUGGGUGGGCUGUGAAGUGGGUGCGGCCCCAAGCUGGCACGACAGCCUUUAUCAAGCUCGUUGACAGACAGGGGAAUUCUAAAAACGAUGUGUUGUUUUGUCAGCGGUUGCAGGCAAAAACUGGGGUAAUGCUCGUGCCUGGAAGCCAGUGUUUCGGGGGUGGAGUCGACUUUCAAGGGUUCGUGAGAAUCGGCUUUGUGCAAGAACAUCAGGUCAUUGUAGAUGGCCUGCGCGCUCUCGGUCAGUUUAUACGCGAUGAGUAUGACGAUGUUCCUGUUAUGCCUUAA